AUGGGGCCGCCCCGCCACCCCCCCGGGACCCCCGGCGCGCUCUUCUGGGCGGCGGCGCCGCUGCUCGUGCUCGUGCUCGUGCUGGCGGGGGCGGCUGAGGAGGAGGCGGAGGCGGCGGCGAGGGGCCCGCGGCUGAGCCUGGGCUACGACUUCCCCAGCCGGCUGGCCCACCGCUUUGAACUGCCCGGUGUCACCAACUACACCGUCCUGCUGCUGAGUCCGGAUGGGGGCACCUUGUAUGUGGGGGCCCGCGAGACCCUCCUCGCCCUCAACACCAGCGCCUUCUCUCCUGGGCCGCAGCAUCGCAGCCUGCUGUGGGCUGCCGAGGAGGAGAAGAAGCAGCAGUGCGUCUUCAAGGGCAAGGACCCCCAGAGAGACUGCCACAACUACAUCAAGAUCCUGCUGCAGCUGAAUGACACCCACCUCUACACCUGUGGAACCAGCGCCUUCAGCCCCACCUGCACCUACCUGAGCAUCCCAGACUUCAGCCUGCAGCGGGACGCGUCGGGGCGGCUGGUGCUGGAGGAUGGGAAAGGCCGCUGCCCCUUUGACCCAGAGUACAGAUCCACGGCCCUUCUUGUUGACGGGGAGCUGUACACGGGGACGGUGAGCAACUUCCAGGGCAAUGAGCCGACCAUCUCGCGCAGUCACAGCAGCAGCCGUGGGGCUGUCAAGACAGAGAACUCCCUCAGCUGGCUGCAAGACCCUUCCUUCGUGGGCUCCGCUGUCCUCCGGGAAAGUCUCCCCCCCAGCAACCCCCAGGGAGAUGACGACAAGGUGUACUUCUUCUUCAGCGAGAGCGGCAAGGAGUUUGACUUCUUUGAGGACACCGUUGUGUCACGCAUCGCACGAGUGUGCAAGGGAGAUGUGGGGGGAGAGCGAGUGCUCCAGAGGCGCUGGACAACCUUUCUGAAAGCCCAGCUGCUGUGCUCCCGCCCCGGGGACGGCUUCCCCUUCAACGUGCUGCAGGACAUGUUCACGCUGACGCCAGGAGAGGGCUGGCAGGAGACCAUCUUCUACGGGGUCUUCUCCUCUCAGUGGGAUAAGAAGGGCAGUGUGGGGACAGCAGUCUGCGCCUUCUCCAUGCCUGCCGUGACGGAAGUCUUCAAUGGCCUCUACAAGGAAAUCAACCGAGAGACGCAGCAGUGGUACACAGACACCCACCCUGUGCCAGAGCCCCGCCCUGGAGCGUGCAUCACCAGCCAGACACGCCACAUGAAGAUCACCUCUUCGCUCCAGAUGCCCGACCGGGUGCUCAACUACCUGAAGGACCACUUCCUGAUGGACAGCGCCGUGCGCAGCCAGCCCCUCCUGCCGCAGAGCCAGGCUCACUACCAGCAGAUCAGUGUGCAGCGUGUCCAGGGCCUGCACUACGCCUACGACGUCCUCUUCCUGGGGACAGGUGACGGGCGGCUCCACAAGGCAGUGGUGAGGGGCCAGGGGGUGCACCUGGUCGAGGAGCUACAACUCUUCCCUGCAGGGCAGCCGGUCCUCAAGCUGCUGCUGGACCCCACCCAGGGCUUGCUCUACGCAGCCUCUUCUUCCAUGCUGGUGCAGUUGCCGGUCGCCAACUGCAGCCUGCACCAGAGUUGUGGGGAAUGCAUCCUGGCCCGGGACCCCUACUGUGCCUGGAGCGGAGAAGCCUGCCGGCCUGUGGCCCAGCGCCACCAGCAGCCCCCCACAGUGCCCUGGGCCCAGGACAUUGAGACUGCGGCCGUGAAGCGGCUGUGCCAGACCAGCAGCCUGCAGCCGGACCACUCGACAGCUGCCAAGUGCCAGCCCGUGUGGCUGACCGCCAACGCCGUGAAGCCGCUGCCCUGCCCCCGCCUCUCCAACCUGGCCUCCCGCCAGUGGGUGAGGGAGGGGGCUGCCCUCAACACCUCCUUCCUGGUGCUGCCCACAGGUGAGCUGGUGCUGGUGGGCAGCCGCGAGCAGGCUGGGCACUACGAGUGCUGGUCCCAGGAGGGGGGGUUCCGCCGGCUGAUGGGCAGCUACUGCGUGAGGGUGGAGCCGGAGGGGCCGGGCUGGCUGGUGCCCCUCCCGGACCCCCUGGACACCAUCAGCACUUCCCGGAGCACCUCCCCCGCGGCGGUGGCAGCAGGGGGCAUCACGGCCCUGCUGGAGGCCAAGACCUACUGGACCGAGUUCCUGGUGAUGUGCGGGCUCUUCGGCCUGACCGCCACCCUCCUGACCCUCUUUGUGCUGCGCCGGCACCAGAGCACCAUGAAGGCCUUCCUCCAGCAGGGCAAGUGCACCAGCGCUCCAGCCAAAAAACUGCACAAGGCGGGGCUGCCCACGGAGACCCUGCCCCUCAACGGUGCCUCCGCCCCCAGCGCCCCUCUCGACCACAGGGGUUACCAGACGCUGGACGACAGGCACGUGGCCAGCACUCCGCUGCGGGACACCCCGGCUCCUCCCCCCGGCACAGCCUUCCUCGAGGCCGAUCUGCGGGCGCUGAGCGUGCACGAAAGCUUUGUGGAGAUGCCGGCUCCCUCCCAGCGGCCCCGCGUGCGCCUGGGCUCCGAGAUCCGGGACUCAGUUGUGUGAGCGAGCUGCUCUUAGCCAAUGCCAAUGGCUCAUGCUGGGUUGUCCGGGGGGGGGCAGUGCCCCCAGACUGCCGUAGUGCAGGUUUCAGUACUGCUGCCACCAAAGGACCAGAAGCCAUGCAGCCCGUGGACACCUUUGCUCAGAGGGGAAGCUGGGCGUGCAGAGUCAGGCUGCAAGACUUUGUGACCAGUCCCCGGAGCUGCAGCAACAGGAGGAACGGCCCAGCCAGCCCCGUUUCCCGGCAGGAAAGACCAAACAUGGCAGCUGCCUGGCAAGAGCUCUGUCCAGCUGCUAUCUGCAGAGGAGCAGAGAGAGAGGAGCAGGUGCUGAAGUCGGCAGGUCGUCCACCCAUCCCUUGGACGAGAGAAAACUUUCGUUGCUUUGUGGGGCGGGGGAAGUGUGUCUGGUACUGUUGAAUGCUGUACGCGUCUUUCACAUGCCACGUUGUGCAAGUGUCUCAAAAUGUGAAUUCUUCCCAGCUGGAACCGCUCUGCGGUUGCAGUUGUACCCCUUUCCCCAUGUUCUUGCACAAGAGGUUUCUUUGUUGAGUGCAUUUUACAUAAAGUGAAGAUGUUUUCUUUGG